GAUUGAACCUCGUCGUCAACUCCCACCAACUCCCGCCAACUCCAACUUGUGUGCAGCACCUUACUCCCCGCCUCUGAAGACUGCAUCGGACCGCCAAUAUCCGACAUUUUGCCCUUAAAAGCAGGCCAAGAUGGCCUACAACCCCAGGAUGAGCAUCAUCCCUCCGGGGCAGCAGCACUCGCGCAACCAGCGCAAGGAACCAGAACCCGACGCGUUCAUGCUGCUCAAAGACAGCGAGAUCGUCGGCUGCAUCACUGACAUUGGCAUCCCAUUCACCGUCGCCGACCUUGCGAAGCCGAACCCUCUCCAAGUACAGAUGAUCUUCGAAUGGUUCGCCGAGCUCAUCCUCAAUGCAACCCGCGAGACCGUCGACCCUGCCAUGCGCGCCGCCGCCGAAGACAUUGUUGGCGACAAGAGCGAUGUGCUGUUCCCUGCCGACACGAGGAACCUCAUGGGAUUCUACGUGUCAUUACGCCGACUGCUGCUGGAGUGUGGCAUCCGCGAUUUCAGCUUCACAGACCUGUACAAGCCCACGCAGCCCCGGCUGGUCAAGAUUUUCAGCUACCUCAUCAACUUUGUGCGCUUCCGCGAGAGCCAGACCUCUGUGAUCGAUGCGCACUUCAACAAGGCGGAACAGACGAAGACGCGGAUCGAGAGUCUUUACGGCGAGAACCAAGACAUGGAGGCCCGACUGGAGGAAAUGCAGCAGACCCGAUCGCAGAUGCAAGGCAUGUACGCGGAGAAGCAGCGACGUAACGAGGACUUGAAGAAGCGCCUGCUGGAACUCCGACGCGGGCAAGAGAGGGUCGCAGCCCGGCUAGAGGAGGCCAAGGAGAGGAAGAGCGAGUUGUCGACGCAGCUCGAGCAGAAGACGGCCGAGAAACUAGCUGUCAAGCACGAGAGCGCCAAGCUGAGGCCCUACGUCCUACAGAGCGCAUCUGCGUUGCAAGCGAGCCUGACGGAGCUGUCAAACACCCUUGGCAACGACAAGGCACAUAUCGAUUCACUCGACCGGCGGGCACGGGCACUGCAAACCUCUACGGAUUCUUUCUCCGUGGUAUCUACCGACGUGGCGUCAUGCAUCAAGCUCCUGGACGAGAUCGGCGUGGAGCUUCAGAAGGAGGAGGACGAGACCGCACGCAAGAACAAGCAGAAGGAUGCCCUUCUUGAACGGCGGACAGACGUCCAGGAUGUCGAGCGAGCCGAGACACUACUGCAGAGGCAGCUGUCCAAGUGGCUUGAGAGGACGGAGAAGCUUAGGGAGCAAGCCAACCAAAAAGCCCAAGAGGCCAAGAGGAAAAUGGAGGAGCUGGAGAAGGUCCACAGGCAACUGAAGCAGGAGCGGACGGAGAAGGGCAAUGAGAUGGAGAAGCGCCGGGUACGGAUUGAGCAGACGGAGAAGAAGAUGCAAGACCUUAAGGAGGCCAUCGAAAACGAGGUCCACAAUGCUCAUGAUGAGUACCUCAAGAUGGAGGCACACAUCAAGCUGUAUAUCACGGAGAUGGAGCAGGCCAUCCCGUUCAACGAGUGAAACGACUGUCUCUUUGUGUAUUUAUUUGCAAUGAGUUUGGGAGGGCUGAUACCAGGUCGGGGCGUUCGGUUGGAGUACUGCUUCUGGAUACCUAGCGAUUAAGACCACUGAGGACUGCAAGAAUUCCAAGCCUCGGCAUGAUUAUGAUCAUGUCGCAAUACAUUCAGCCAAGCCCCAUGGUAAUCAUGUAUGCUCCUGCACAUCCUGAGCCCAGUCCCCUUUGCGGUACCGAAACCACCUGCCAAGGACCCUCUCGAUGGUUACAGUACGGCCGGUCCAGUCAGCAUUAUCCAGAUGGGCGCCGGCCCUUCUAGUACUGGCGCUCAGGACUGGGACCUCCUCGGACAAUGACGUUUGCUCUGUCUCAGUUCCCAGGUGGCUAUCAUCGGCAUCUUCGUCUCGUGCCUCCCCGCCAUCUUCCGAGCUUUGCAUCACAAACUGCGGUGGAUCGACUACAACAGCCCGGAGGCCAGCCCUCCACGCAGUCUCUACUAGGUUUGCAGCCGUGCUGCUUAUACCCUGGGCGCUCCACUCACUCGUGUCGCGGUGCAUGGCGAGGAAGCCAUAGACCAGCAGGAGAGGCGGCAUCCUUGCUCGGCCCAGGUUUGUGGCCGGCGGAGGAGGAGGGACCUUGGAGUCCUUGGUGUCAAAGACGGAGAGGCAGGCCCGCAGGUGGGAGACAGUGGGCACGAAGAUCAUUCGUAUAUGGCGGACAAUGGCAACUUGGUAGAGAGGGGACGAAAGUAGGGACGAAAGAGGUGAUGCUUGGCCAUCGUCACCCGCUGCUGGCAGGCUCUUCUGUGCGUCGCUCAGGAGGGAUUCUAGAAAUUCUGCUUGCGUCGAGCACACGAUCAGUGUGGUUGGGUACUCAUGGCGUCGGAUGAUGUAUGUGAGCAGCUCUGAGGGAAGUGCCGGCGACAGGAUGAGCGGCGUCAGCGGCAUCUUGAAGAGGACAGCUCCUCAUGGUGAUGUGAUAUGGUUCAGUGACUGAGACGUCCAGCCCGC